CUUCUCAGAGCAUCGUUGUUGACAGGACGUUACCAGACUCGCUCCGGCAUCUACCCAGGAGUGUUGUACCCAGGCUCUAUAGGCGGACUUCCUCUGAAUGAGACCACCAUCGCUGAGGUCCUGAAACCUUUGGGCUAUGCCACAGCUGCCGUGGGAAAGUGGCACCUGGGAUUUGGGGCCAAUGGGAUGUAUCUUCCAACCAAGCAGGGGUUUGACCAGUACCUGGGGAUCCCUUACUCCCAUGACAUGGGCCCGUGUUGGAACUUGACUUGUUUCCCUCCAGAUGUGAAGUGUUUCGGAUUGUGUGAUAUCGGCGCAGUAACCGUCCCACUGAUGCACAAUGACGUCAUCAAGCAGCAACCGGUCGACUUCCUGGACCUGGAGAAGACUUACAGUGACUUCGCAACCAACUUCAUCACCACCUCGGCCAAGAAAAAUCAACCUUUCUUCCUCUACUAUCCCUCUCAUCACACCCACUACCCCCAGUAUGCAGGUCCAGAGGCCGCCGGAAAGUCAUUAAGGGGCCCAUUUGGAGAUGCUCUGCUGGAGUUUGACAACACUAUCGGAAACAUACUGACAACCCUGGAGAAGACAGGAGUCAUCAACAACACUCUGGUCUUCUUCACCUCGGACAAUGGACCUGAGCUGAUGCGCAUGUCCCGUGGAGGUAACGCUGGCCCUCUGAAAUGUGGGAAAGGCACCACAUAUGACGGGGGCAUGAGGGAGCCAGCCAUCGCGUACUGGCCAGGGACCAUCCGACCAGGUGUGACUCAUGAGCUGGCCAGCACUCUAGACAUCCUCCCCACCAUAUCAACCCUGGCAGGAGCCAAACUUCCCCAGGUGAUGCUGGAUGGAGUCGAUAUGACAGAGAUCCUUGUCCAGCAAGGAAAGAGUAAAAGGGAGACGAUGAUCUUCUACCCCACAGACCCCAGUGAGAUGUAUGGUCUGUUUGCUCUCAGGUUGGGGAAGUACAAGGCCCACUACUACACACGAGGUGCCACUCACAGUGGCACGACCCCGGACCAAGACUGCCCAGUAUUCGCUGUUCUCAAGGCCCACGACCCUCCUCUGCUUUUCGACCUGGAGUUGGACCCCUCUGAGAACUACCCGCUGCCUCUGAUGGGGAAACCCGACCUCAAAGCCCUGCUGGAGAGGAUGAAGAGAGUCAAGCAGCAGUUUGAAGCCUCCAUGGUGUUUGGGCAGAGCCAGGUAUCAAAAGGAAUAGACCACAACCUGGAGCCGUGCUGCAAUCCUCAGUGUACCCCCAAACCCAACUGCUGCCAGUGCUGA